AGACGCACCGCACCUUCCUGUGCACCUUGUUCAUUUAAUAUUUCUGUAAUUUAGUCCGGAGUCGUCUUUGAAGCUUUUCAGGCGUCAAAUCAGCCACCAUGUACGGAUCAGGCCAGCAGACCGGCAUCUCCACGCCGCGCUCUGCAGCAAAUCUGCGCCCGCUCAUCCUCACCCACGGCUCGCUCGAGUACACCCUCCUCAUCCCGACCGCCCUGCACUUCAAUGCACAGCAAUUGAGGGACACCUUCAAGCAGACUCUGCCCGAGCCCACAGACGAACUUGCACAGGAUGACGAGCCCUCAUCGGUCGUCGAGCUGGUUGCACGCUACCUCGGCUUCAUUGCCAAGGAGGUAGAGGAAGGCGAGGAUCCCGACUCUUUCGAGGAGGUCCUUAAGCUGGUUCUCACCGAGUUCGAGCGCGCCUUCCUGCGGGGCAACGAGGUGCAUGCGCUGGCCGCAACUCUGCCAGGCAUCACGGAGAAGAAGCUGGAGACGGUACGGUCAUACUACGCAGCUCGCGCCGCUGUCGAGAGGCCUAUCAAACACCAUGAGUCAGCCCUCUUCCGCGAGGCUGUGGACGAGAAUGCCUUCAUCUAUGCUGUUCUGGGCGGCCAGGGCAACAUCGAGGAGUACUUCGAUGAGCUUCGGGAAAUUUACAACACAUACCCCUCGUUUGUCGAGGAUUUCAUUGCGGCUGAGGCACAACAUCUGCUUACUCUGUCUCGGGAUCCACGAGCGGAGAAGCUCUACUCAAAGGGGUUGGACGUUAUGCGCUGGUUGAACAACCGCGAGGCUCAACCGGACACCGAUUAUCUCGUCUCAGCCCCUGUCAGCUUACCUCUGAUUGGUCUUACACAGCUCGCCCACUACGUCGUUACCUGCAGAGUGCUCGGUAGCCACCCUGGUCACAUCCGCAGCCGUUUUGCCGGUGUCACUGGCCACUCCCAGGGUGUUGUCACAGCUGCCGCUAUUGCGGAAGCAAAGAACUGGGAGACUUUUGAGAAGUCUGCCAAGAAAGCGAUUGAGAUCCUCUUCUGGAUUGGUACACGCAGUCAGCAGGCCUUCCCAAGGACCUCUCUUUCGCCCAAUGUCCUGCAGGACUCGAUCGACAACAGCGAGGGUACCCCAACCCCCAUGUUGUCGAUCCGCGAUCUGUCCCGCAAGGCUGUCCAGGAUCACAUUGAUGCAACAAACGCACAUCUGCCCCAAGACAGGCACAUCGCCAUCUCUCUGGUGAACAGCGCGCGCAACUUUGUCGUCACAGGUCCGCCGAUUUCUCUGUACGGUCUCAACCUUCGUCUACGCAAGGUCAAGGCCCCUACUGGUCUCGAUCAGACGAGGAUUCCCUUCACGGAGCGCAAGGUUCGCUUUGUCAACCGCUUCCUCCCCAUCACCGCACCAUUCCACAGCCCAUACCUUGCCGAAGCGGCAAAGCAGCUGGAGGAUGACCUCAAGGACAUCAAGAUCGCUGCGAGCGAUCUUGGUAUACCUAUGUACAGCACACACACUGGUCUGGACAUCCGUGAGGAGGGUCCUGAGGACAUCGUCCCUUCUCUCGUGAGAAUGAUCACCAGCGAGCCAGUGGAGUGGGAGAAGGCUACAGUCUUCCCAAACGCUACCCACAUCCUCGACUUCGGUCCCGGUGGCAUCUCCGGUCUUGGUGUGCUAACCAACCGCAACAAGGAGGGAACCGGUGUUCGUGUCAUUCUUGCUGGAGCAAUUGAUGGACAAAACCCCGAAGUCGGCUAUAAGCCUGAAAUUUUUGACCGCGACUUCGAGCAUGCCGUCACAUAUGCUGUCGACUGGGUCAAGGAACAUGGCCCGAAGCUCGUCAAGACAUCCAGCGGCAAGACAUACGUUGACACUAAGAUGAGUCGCGUUCUCGGCUUGCCUCCCGUUAUGGUUGCUGGUAUGACACCUUGUACCGUGCCCUGGGACUUUGUUGCAGCCACCAUGAAUGCUGGCUACGAGAUCGAGCUUGCCGGUGGAGGCUACUACAAUGAGAAAACCAUGACCGAGGCCAUCACAAAGGUUGAGAAGAACAUCCCUGCUGGUCGUGGUAUCACCGUUAACCUGAUUUACGUUAACCCCCGUGCCAUGGGCUGGCAAAUCCCCCUUCUGGCCAAGCUUAGGGCUGAUGGCGUGCCAAUUGAGGGUCUGACCAUCGGUGCUGGUGUGCCCUCUAUUGAAGUGGCCAACGAGUACAUUGAGACUCUGGGAAUUAAGCACAUCGCUUUCAAGCCUGGCUCCGUCGAGGCUAUCCAGGCGACCAUCAACAUCGCUAAGGCGAACCCCACUUUCCCGGUUCUGCUUCAGUGGACUGGAGGCCGAGGUGGUGGCCACCACUCGUUCGAGGAUUUCCACCAGCCUAUUCUCCAGAUGUAUGGCCGUCUUCGCAAGUGCGACAAUCUCAUCCUUGUUGCCGGUUCCGGUUUUGGUGGUGCCGAGGAUACCUACCCCUACCUCACCGGUAGCUGGUCGACCAAGUUUGGGUACCCUCCCAUGCCCUAUGAUGGAUGUUUAUUCGGCAGUCGUGUGAUGACUGCCAAGGAGGCGUACACUUCCCCUUCUGCCAAGCAGGCCAUAGUCGACGCACCUGGUCUGGACGACGCUGACUGGGAGAAGACCUACAAGGGCCCUGCUGGUGGUGUCAUCACUGUCCGUUCUGAGAUGGGUGAGCCAAUCCACAAGCUCGCGACUCGCGGUGUCAUCUUCUGGCACGAGAUGGAUCAGAAGAUCUUUGCUCUGGACAAGGCCAAGCGUAUCCCCGAGCUCAAGAAGAUGCGCGAACACAUCAUCAAGAAGCUCAACGAGGACUUCCAGAAAGUAUGGUUCGGCAGGAACAAGAAGGGCGAGUCGGUUGACCUCGAAGACAUGACCUAUUCCGAGGUUGUCCAGCGCAUGGUAGAUCUCAUGUACGUCAAGCACCAGUCUCGCUGGAUCGAUCAGAGCUUGAAGCGACUCACCGGUGAUUUCAUUCGCCGAGUUGAAGAGCGUUUCAGCAAGUCUGGCGGCGAAUCCAUCAUUCAGAGCUACGAUGAGCUCAACGAUCCGUUCCCAACUCUGGAACAAGUCUUCAAGACUUACCCCGAGGCUGAUCAGCAAUUGAUCAACGCUCAAGAUGUUCAGCACUUCCUGCUCCUUUGCCAGCGCCGUGGACAGAAGCCUGUGCCGUUUGUUCCUUGCCUCGAUGACACAUUCGAAUUUUUCUUCAAGAAGGACUCACUGUGGCAGUCUGAGGAUAUCGAAGCCGUGGUCGAUCAGGAUGUCGGCAGGACCUGUAUUCUGCAGGGUCCCAUGUCUGUCAAAUACUCCACCAAGGUUGAUGAGCCAAUCAAGGAGAUUCUCGACGGUGUUCACGAUGGCCACAUCAAGUACUUGUUGCGCGAUAUCUAUGGCGAUGAUGAGUCCAAGGUGCCUGUGGUCGAGUACUUCGGCAGCAAGCUCCUUGCAGCUUCAGAGGCUCUGGAAGUCGAUGGUCUCACCGUAUCUCAGCUCGAGAACAAGACCAUCUACCGCUUGUCGCCGGCGCCAAACGCGACCUUGCCCGAGGUUCCGUCAUGGCUGCAACUCCUUGCUGGUACCACAUAUUCGUGGAGACAUGCUUUCUUCACUACCGAUGUUUUCGUUCAAGGCCAGCGUUUCCAGACCAACCCGACAGCUAGGAUCUUUGCUCCCAUCCCUGGCAUGAUCGUGGAGAUUACCAACCCCAACGAUCCCAGUACGACUUCGAUCACCGUAAAGGAAUUGCACCACGGCGCAAAGUAUGUCAAGACCGUGGAUGUCAGCAUGAAGAACAACGAGAUUUUGCUCAACAUGUACGAGGAGCGCACUGCUCUCGGGUCUGCUGUUGCUCUUCCGUUCCGCUUCACUUAUCGCCCUGAUGUUGGAUAUGCACCUAUCCAUGAGGUUAUGGACGCACGUAACGACCGCAUCAAGGACUUCUACUACAAGAUCUGGUUUGGUGACGAAGCCUGUCCCUUCGAUGCUUCUGUGACCUCCCGCUUUGACGGUGGCCGUGCCACUGUUACAAGCGAAGCCAUCAACGACUUCGUCCACGCAGUCGGCAACACUGGUGAAGCCUUUGUCGACCGUCCUGGCAAGGAAGUCUUUGCUCCCAUGGACUUUGCCAUCGUUGUUGGCUGGAAGGCGAUCACCAAGCCAAUCUUUCCUCGUGCCAUUGAUGGUGACCUGCUCAAGCUGGUUCAUCUUUCUAACGGCUUCCGUAUGAUCCCUGGUGCGGAGCCCUUGAAGAAGGGCGACGUUCUUGACACCACCGCUCAAAUCAAUGCUGUCAUCAACCAAGAGUCCGGCAAGAUGGUCGAGGUGUGUGGCACAAUUACUCGUGAUGGUGCACCCGUUAUGGAGGUUACCAGCCAGUUCUUGUACCGCGGCGCGUACAGCGAUUUCGAGAACACAUUCCAAAGGAAGACAGAGAAACCUAUGCAAUUGCCAUUGGCUACCAGCAAGGAUGUUGCUAUCUUGCGAUCAAAGGAGUGGUUCAACUUCGAGGAGCCUGAGAUUGACCUUCUUGGCAAAACUCUGAUUUUCAAGCUGGCAACUUUCCAAAAGUACAAGAACAAGACCAUUUUCUCCGAGAUCGAGACCAUUGGGGAGGUCCUGCUUGAGCUCCCAACCAAGGAACUCAUCCAGAUCGCAUCUGUCAACUACCAGUCUGGGACAGCACACGGUAACCCUGUGAUUGACUACCUGGAGCGCAACGGUUCUACAAUCGACCAGCCAGUCAAUUUCGAGAACCCCAUUCCCCUGCACGGUAAAGCGCCAUUGACGCUGAGGGCACCUGCGUCCAACGAGAACUACGCCCGUGUAUCCGGCGACUACAACCCUAUUCACGUCUCCCGUGUCUUCGCCAGCUAUGCCAACCUGCCUGGUACCAUCACCCAUGGCAUGUACUCCAGUGCUGCCGUUAGGAGCCUGGUCGAGACCUGGGCUGCUGAGAACAAUGUUGGCCGCGUAAGGAGUUACCACGUCAACCUUGUGGGUAUGGUUCUUCCCGACGAUAUGCUCGAUGUCAAGCUUCAGCACGUCGGUAUGGUCUCCGGUCGCAAGAUCAUCAAAAUCGAGGUCAGUAAUCAGGAGACAGAGGAUAAGGUUCUUCUCGGUGAAGCCGAGGUUGAGCAGCCUACAACAUCCUAUGUCUUUACCGGUCAAGGUUCUCAGGAACAAGGCAUGGGAAUGGAUCUGUACAACAGCAGCCCCGUUGCCAAGGAGGUCUGGGACCGUGCCGAUAAGCACUUCAUGGACAACUAUGGCUUUGCCAUCACCAACAUUGUCAAGAACAACCCCAAGGAGCUCACCAUUCACUUUGGUGGCCCUCGUGGAAAGGCUAUUCGUCAGAAUUACAUUUCCAUGACCUUUGAGACAGUCAGUGCCGAUGGAUCAAUCAAGUCCGAAAAGAUCUUCAAGGAGAUUGACGAGAGCACAACUUCGUACACAUAUCGCUCGCCUACCGGUCUGCUGUCAGCAACUCAGUUCACACAGCCAGCCCUCACACUUAUGGAGAAGGCCUCAUUCGAAGACAUGCGCUCCAAGGGUCUCGUGCAGCGCGACAGCACUUUCGCUGGCCACUCGCUCGGAGAGUACAGCGCGCUUGCUGCGCUUGCCGAGGUCAUGCCCAUCGAGAGCUUGGUUUCUGUUGUGUUCUACCGCGGUCUCACCAUGCAGGUCGCUGUCGAGCGUGAUGAGGCUGGCCGUUCCAACUACUCCAUGUGCGCUGUCAAUCCCAGCAGGAUCUCCAAGACCUUCAACGAGCAAGCUCUUCAGUACGUUGUUGAGAACAUCGCGGAGACAACUGGCUGGCUCCUCGAGAUCGUCAACUACAACAUCGCCAACAUGCAGUACGUCGCUGCUGGUGAUCUUCGUGCUCUGGACACCCUCACCGGUGUGACAAACUACCUCAAGCAGCAAAAGAUCGAUAUCCAGUCUCUGAUGCAGAGUCUGUCCAUGGAAGACGUCAAGGCUCAUCUGGUUGAGAUCAUCAAGGGCUGCGCCGAGCAGACUGAGGCUAAGCCCAAGCCUCUCGACCUCCAGCGUGGAUUCGCUACCAUCCCGCUCAAGGGCAUUGAUGUUCCCUUCCACAGCACCUUCUUGCGCUCCGGCGUGAAGCCCUUCCGAAGCUUUUUACUGAAGAAGAUCCACAAGACAUCCAUCGACCCCUCAAAGCUGGUCGGGAAAUACAUACCCAACGUCACUGCGAAGCCGUUCGCGUUGACUAAGGAGUACUUUGAGGAUGUGUACAAGCUCACAAACUCGCCUAAGAUUGGCAACAUUCUUGCCAACUGGGAGAAGUACGAGGAGAAGGAGGAGACCACUGCGUCCGCAUAGAGUCGUUGAGCUAUCGGGAUUUGGGCGUUGUAACGGCCGUUUGCUUAGACUUUUGAUAUCCGUUGUAGAAACAAGCAGUCUUAUAUCGAGACUUUAGAGUGAAGAUUUUAGUACAAACUAGUAAUUGACAUUUUCAUGUUACUUCGUUCGCCGUUCCUUGAGUUGUGAU